UUUUAAGCGGUUGAUACAAAAACUACUACGUUUCUUAUGUAUUCAAUUCCUUUUUCUAGAUAUUUUUUACUUGACGGACUCUCUGAGUGAUCUUCGUUGCAUCCUACCAUACAAUUUACAAAAUACCAGCACGAACGGUACUAAGCUUCAUGCAUACGAGUUAUCUGCAGUUAAAAACGAUUGUUGCUCUGCCGCUUCCUUCACAGCAAUUGGUGCGAAUAUUUUUAUGAAUUUGGAAACUAAUUUAUGUAUUGAUCACCCUGCUGAGUCAACAAGUUGGGAUAAUAUAUAUGUGAGGUUAGGCUCAAGUUGCACUGGUGGGUUUGUUCGAACGGAGACUUCUCAAUUACGAGCUUUUCGACGAGACUACUGUGUGACGUUCGAUGACAAUUUUGAUGUCAUCUUUCGGAAAUGCGUCGGAGUAAGAAAUCAAAUCGUUCAAAUGAAGUGUGGAACCUUUCCUACUGCCACACCAGUCGUCACAACUUCGCCUGCACCGACAACGACUCCGCCACCACCAACAACGACAACCACUACAUCAACAACCACGACAACUACAAUGACAACUACAACGACAACAACAAGGACGACGACAACAACGACAACAACAACUUCAUUACCAACAACAACUCCAAGUCCAUGGUUUGAAUGGAGUGAGUGGUCACAAUGUAGCACAGCAUGUGGUGAUGGUGAAGCGCAUCGCCAUCGAGAUUGCAAAUUGCAGUCUGUGUGUCAAACAGUAGAAGAGGAGGAAGAAAGACACUGCAAAGUAAAGGAAUGUACUGGUUUUAAAUUAGCUCAACCAGGAGAUAGCUGUUCGUCUACUUGUAUAAAAAUUGGUUAUUUCUGCAGCCCAAUUUUGUCUACUGGAAACAGUCUGACUAUUUUCGAGAAUUAUUUCGGUCUAAACUGUACAAAAGACAUUACCGACAAUCAACUAUGGACUGAAGAAUGGCACCCAUCCUACCAUGUAUCCUCCAGUUUAUGUGCAGGCUACGUGUUUCUGCAAGACGGUUAUAAGCCAGAAUCGUUCAGUUGCGACAUAAAAGGUAAUGCGAGGUAUGAAAGAUUGAAAGAUGACAUCAGAAGAGUUUGCUUCUGUUUGACUCAAGAUGAUGUUGGUUAUACGAACUGGACACCUUGGAGUGAGUGCUCAAAAGAAUGCGGAGGAGGAACAAAGAAACGAACGAGAAGAUGUGUCAGUACUUGCACAGGGCUAAGUGAAGAAUAUCACGAAUGCAAUACACACCAUUGCCCCAUACAUGGUGGCUAUUCCGAAUGGAGCACGUGGACAAAUUGUACUGUUCCUUGCGAUGGUGGCACAAUGCAUCGCAGCAGGACGUGCGACAAUCCUGCGCCAAAAUAUCUGGGACGCGAUUGCUACGGUGAAAACGUGGAAUACGAAAUGUGCAAUGUUGUGUUUUGUAAAGUUGAUGGGGUAUGGACGCCUUGGUCAGAAUUUGACAUAUGUAACAGCCCAUGUGGGGGAGGAAGACGUAUACGGUAUCGAUUUUGUGAAGAUCCUAGACCUCUAUAUGGAGGUGAUAAUUGCCGUGGUGGACAGAGCGAAGGAUAUCCUUGCAACAUGCAUGAUUGUCCAGGUGUGUCAACAGAUAUUACGGCUUGUUUUCAACACGAAACGUACAAAAGUGACUACGCUGACAAGCAAUCUAUAGAAUUCAACAAUUUCCAAGAGAAGAUUGAAGAAAAUGUGAAAGGAGUAUUCAAGCUGACAAUAUUCGAACAGUAUUCCUUACAUGUCAUUUUGCUGAGUGUACAAAGCUCCAGCCCAGUGGUUGCAACCUUUAGAGUAUUUUUUCAACUCAUGAAUUCCUCGCAGCUCUCCUUGCUACAAGAUGCUAUUGAGAUAUCUGGUAGUAUUAACAAGAUGAUUCUGUGCGAGAAUGGAGAUUAUACUAUCACAUCCAAUGACAUUCCUCCAGCACCAACAGGCAUUGUUGCAACUGGACGGACGUAUUCCAGAAUCUAUGUUGGCUGGGAUGCAGUUAACAAUAAGAACGUAUUGGGAUACCUUGUGUUUUACAGAAUGGUUUCUCAUCCGCAAGACAUAUUCAAAGUCAAGCCAGCAUUCAAUAACUCAGUUGAACUCGUCGGCCUUGAAGCUAAAACAGAGUAUAUCAUGAGAGUAGCAGCAUACUCAGACGAAGCAACGGGCAUUGCAAGUGAAGAAACAUUCGCGUCAACACUGGCCACAGUACCCGAAGCUCCACCAUUAUAUCUUGAACCUUCGGUAUCAUCGUCUUUCAAUAUUUUUGUACAAUGGGGACAAGUUGAACUUGGCAAGAUGGGUGGCAUACCAGUAGGCUACUUCAUCCAGUGGAAUUCAACCCGACAGAAAACGUCCAACCACUCAACAGUAGAUUAUGAAACACGUCAGGCUACUUUAACGGGAUUAGAACCCGACACAACGUACGUCAUAACUGUUUGCCCAACAAGUACAACUGGUAUGGGACCAUGUGCGCGGAAUUUGACAAGGACCUUGCCCAGUGCGCCCACUGCAGCCCCAGGAAACGUUCACUCAAAUUGUUCCGGAAGUGCAAACUCUUUGUUUAUUAUAUGGACUUCAAUUGACGAGGAGCAUGCUCAAGGUGAUUUAAGAGGAUACAUACUCACGCUUCAAUUGUCAACCUUGGGUUAUAAGGAAAUAAUGGACGGACCAAUGCAGCAUAUCGAUGUCCAUCCCAGUGCAUCGAGCGUUGAGAUUAAGCACCUGCAAUAUAGUGCGAAAUAUAAGAUUACUAUCUAUGGAUAUAAUGAUGUUGGAGAGGGAGUGGUUUCCGAACCUUUAUAUGCAGAAACAUGCCGUUGUCCUGAAACUAUAUUUGGAAAUUAUGCGUUGCUCCUUCCGUAUAUUUAUCGUGACGAAACAGGGAAGUUAGCUGGUGUUUUUCCUUCUAUUUUGGAGCAAGUAAUUCGUGGUGUGUGUGGUGUGUGCUGCUUAAAAGACAGAACGUUCUAUACUACUAUUAAUUUAGAGACAACAGGUAAGUCAAGUUUCUCAGAAAAAGGAAGCUUUCCGGAAAUGUUAGCGGAUGUUGAUAACUACACCACUAUGACCUUUCCGGUUCUUGCGAAGAGUGAUUUGUCCACAUACAUUGGUGGAUCUUUCGUGCCCUUUGUUGAACAUCCCGGUUCUAUAUUUAUCGUCCGAAAGAUAUCGGUUGCAGAGCAGGUCGUUGGAAUUGCGAAGAACAUAUUUCGCGUUUGGCCAUUUAUCAUGUUGUUAGUGUUGGUGGUACUCUUCGCUGGUAUUAUUGUGUGGUUUGUGGAGCGUACGUUUAACUCAGAUAUGGACAAGUCUUUUGUAAGAGGUGUUUGGGACGGAACCUGGCUGGCGUUUAUCACCAUGGCCACAGUAGGUUAUGGAGAUUUGACAUUCGUGACAGUACCUGGCAGAAUUUUAGCAUUUUUUUGGUCAUUUACCAGUUUGAUCAUGACAUCAUUGCUCGUUGGUACAAUUUCAACUUCCCUCUUAUCUGCAACAGAGCAGACAAAUGAUAUAAUCCUUUACGGAGCAUCAAUUGCAGCUGUUGAAGGGACAAACGAGUACAGAGUUGGGGUAGUGAGAAAUGCAAAAGUGAACAAAAAACAAAAUUACACAAGCCUCACAGAGAUCCAGCAAGCGUUAGACAAAAGGGAAGUAGAGGGACUGCUAGUGGACGCAUUUUCAGCUGGUUCCAACAAAGACUUUAGUCAGUCCUACAUGGAAGCUAAGAACAUGCUUUAUUACCCGUCAUCAUACGGUCUCGUUCUGACGGGAGACAUGUACAACGCACGUGACUUUUUCGACAGUUACAUAAGAGCCAAUCAAAUACAGAUUUUAAAAUUGAUUGGUGAUAACGCAAAGAGAAUGAUAGUCGAAGUUCGUACUCCCAAGACUAUUUCGAUAUUCAGCCCAGAAUCAGAAACAAUUAUCACCAUGCUUUGGGCACUUACGUUGGCUGUGUUAGUCGGUGGUGCGUUUGGUUAUGCCGUUUGGUAUUUCUUUAUCAGAGAAAAGAAUCCAAGCAUGGGUAUGUAUAAUUACAUAGUAUCGGAGCAGCUUGAUUUAUUGGAAGCGCUGAAAGAAUUCAAAGAACGAUUUCAAACAGAUAAUAAUCUCUUGGAAAUCCGUCAAAUACACGAUCGAGUGCGCUUCGUUAAAAACCCUCCGUUAUCGUGGCAAAUGCAACCGCAAUCCUUGCCGAAACGGAUUAUGCUGCAAGAUGAAUACUACAAGACGUACGACGAUCGGUUUAUUUCUGUAAAUGACGUUAAUAUGCUAUAUAUUUGACGCUUUUCUAGAACUCCACAUGUAAUAUAGUUUAGUUUAAUUUUUGCGAAUAGCUUCGUUCACAAAUUUCUUAAUAGAAUUCGUGAAUUCGAUCGAAUUCAAGUAUUUCGUAGGAAUAUAUUUUUGCGAAUACAAGGCAAGGCUGGUAGACAUUUUGUUGUCAGAAAUGAGUGAAAAAGUAUGAUUUUUUCAGACAAUUGCACAAAAAGGAGCAUGUUCUAGGCACCCCCCUCUGUCCUAAAUUGGAUUAAAAAAUGCAAAAUUUUAAAUCAGCAAAACGUUUCAUAAGUCUUUGAAAAUAAGUUUUUUAUAUUUUUAUACACAACUUUAAUUAUAAUAUGCAACAGAACUAUGAGUUUUACUCUUGGUUCUGGUGAAUGGAAAACAGAGAAAAAAUUCCAAAUUCCAGAGAAUUUUACCUGCCAAACCUGUUACACCAUUUCCGUAAAAUAGGAAAAGUUGAAUUUUUCUACACAAAAAAACAGCAUAAGAUGAAACUUUUUAGAACAAAAUCUUGUUUUAGGUAAUAGUGGCUGAGAUUUAAAGAAUACUUGAAUAAAAUGUUUUAGCAUUUUCAUUGAUCCGAGAAUAGACUUUUAUGGCUUACGAGUAAUUUUAAAAACUUUAAAAAUGUUUCUGCAAUAGGACGAUGAUAGUUUUUUCUCGUAAUUAUUUCGUAUAUGAUUUUACGUCGCAUGGUAUGAACAAUUCUAGUCAGUUUUAGGCCCAAACUUUUAUACAGCUAAUAGAUACGGAGUUGUUGUUGUGGAAACAA